AUGCCCCGAUGGGGAAGACCACCGGGGGCACGAAUGGGGAGACACAAUGGGGGACGACCGUGGGAGGAGGAUAACCGGGUGAAGGAGAUUAUCAGCGAGGAUGAGGAUGUGUUUGGACGGGAGUUGGUGCGCAAUGGUCGCUACCCGUGGCAGCAGGAAUAUGGGGGUCGGGUGUCGCGCCGGCGGAUGGAGUAUGAGGACCUGAAUGACGAGACGGAAUCGGUGAUGGAUGGAGGGGAUUACGAUCUGUAUGAAAAUGGGGACAGUACGGUGGCUUAUGCGGUCCAGCUGGCCAUGCGAGACAAGGAGGAUCAACUGGUGGACACGGCAUUGGAGCGGAUUCGCCGCGCCCAGAUGCUAGGCAAAAAGAACGUUCGGCUCUCCAAACGGGAGCUGGCAGCAUUGGAGCGCAAACGUCAACACACGGACAACCCAAGCGCAGGCGCAGGGACUCGGACGCGCAGUCGACAAGGGAGUGUGAGCAACUCAAGGCCAUCGUCCCGACGAAAUGGCCAUACUGUACCCCCUGAGCAAAAUGGUGCCUACCCACCCUUCGCGCCUGAUGCGGGAUGGAAUCGGAAUGCAGGCUCUGGCCGACCAACCAGUUCGUCGUCCAAUCGUCCGCGCACCCCGACGAUGCAAUCCUUGCGCCCGCAACAAUCCAACUCCCCGCUCCGACCUCCCUACUCCCCGUUCUCCGACCGUGUGCCUCCCAACAACCGCCCCCAGUCGAUGCAUCCUUCCAUGUAUGCACGACCACUGCCAGAUGAUCCUCAAUGGGCCCCGCCCUAUUAUAAUCCCAUGCAAAUGAAUACAUACGCAUCGGAACAACCUCCUUUUCAACCCCAGCUUCCUACCGACCUUCGCGUGGGGCCUCAGAGUCGCAUGAGCUAUACAGCGGGGAUGUCCCCGAUUCAAGCCCAAAAUCGACCCUCGGUCGAUGGACGACCGUUAACGGGUACAUCGCAAUCAAAAGGCUCCCCUCCGCCGGAGAAUGAGUCGGAGACGUCCAGCGAGGAAGAGACAGGGAGUGAUGAAGAUUCAGAUGUACAGAUUGUUGGAGUUGUGGAGUGUCAGCCGCCCUCUCAGCCGCCUGGUAUAAAGAGACGCCCUGUUGCUGGAGCCGGUAAGGGUCGUCAACGAAGCAGUUGA